AUGGACUUCGUGUUGUUGGUGGCUUUCAGCUCCUGGCUGGCUCCUGCACUGGUUUCAUCGGCAGAUGAUCACAGAGCUGACUUUGACAGCGCUUUUCAUUAC